GAGGCCAACCUCUUAUUUUUUUAUUUCAUGUACAUUUUCUUCGUGUUGUAAGUGUGUAGGCAAGGGAGCUAAGCUCCGUAUUUUGCGUGUAUAUUACUUUGUGUUUAUAUUGGACUAUUUUUUCUACCUUUCACUAUUCUACUAUAGUAAAUUAUAGUAAAUUAUGUCUAAAACAUACAGGUUUUGAACAACAAUGCUUCAUUAAUGAAACUUUUUUUGGUAAUUUCGACAUGAAGCGAAUGUAAUCGGAAGUCGUAUUCGUUAAUUGAGUUCUUCAUUUUUUCUUGACGAAGGGUGCUGGUGCGAGGAGCGAAGCCUCUCUCCUUGCGGGGGACCGUAGCCUCCCUUGCCUGCACACUUACAACACAAAGAAAAUGUACAUGGAAUCAAAAAAUAAGAGUUGAUUUAUAAGUUUCUUUCUUCAUAAUUUUUUAAAAAACAACGACCGCCGAAUAAAACCUUCGGAACCUUAUUCGGGGCCUCUAUCGUCGGUAUUUAGUAUAUUUACCCUCUUAACUAUUAUCCAUCGAUAAUUCAUAACUUCUACUUUAAUUCAGUUUACUUUAAUUCGAUUUACAAACACAUACAAACACAUAUUAAAAAAUAUGAAUGUUCAAGCAUUGCACAAACUGUGUUUAUUUUUUGAGUUAGUUCAAAAGAAGCGACUCGCUUUGUUGGAUCUUCUAAUAGCGGCAUUUCAAGAAAAUCAAAUAACCGAUUUGGACAUCAGAGAAGAAGUCGAUACUUUUAUGUUCGAGGGUCAUGAUACUACGGCAAUGGGUAUAUGCUUUAGUUUGUUAUUAUUAGCUGAGCACAAGGAUAUUCAGGAUCGUGUCAGAACUGAAGUAAAUGGUAUGAUGGAAGAGAAUGAAGGAAAAUUGACAAUGGCGUCCUUACAAAAACUACCAUAUUUAGAAAGAUGUUUGAAAGAAGCGAUGCGAUUGUAUCCUAGUGUGCAUUUAAUAUCGCGCAUUCUUUCAGAAGAUAUAAAAUGCCAGUCGUAUACAGUGCCGGCUAACACAAUCGUGCACCUUAAUAUCUAUGGCGUUCACAGAGAUCCCAACUUCUGGCCGCACCCAGACGUAUUCGAUCCAGAUCGAUUUCUGCCCGAUCAAGUGCAAAAUCGUCAUCCUUAUUGCUACUUACCGUUUAGUGCGGGAUCACGGAAUUGCAUAGGUCAACGGUUUGCUAUGUACGAAAUGAAGGCUAUGAUCGCUUCUCUAGUGCACCACUUCUACUUGGAGCCUGUUGAUUACUUGAAGGAUCUUCGGAUUAAGUGUGAUUUGAUACUUCAUCCUGCUCAUCCGAUUCGUAUAAAAUUCGUUCCAAUCAAGUAAAUAAUAUCAACAAAAUUAGGGAAAGGGGAAAACAAUUUCGUUACGUGGUUAUUAAAUAAUUAUUGAAACAAUCUCAUAUACAUAUAUGUGCAUGUAAGUAAUAUAUUCUUUGUGAAACAGA